AUGAUACGUCGUACACCAGAAGUUUCUGAUUGUCCAACUCAUGUCAAAGACACGAGUCAAACUAACUCUUCCCACUUGGAUCAGGAUAAUGCAGGAAAUUUCACCAAACAUACUGAUAUUACUGAAAUUAUCGAACCAGAAAUACCCUCGAAUAGAAAUCGAGAAAGAAAAAUCGACGAAAUUUCUGAUAUUUCCGAUGACCAAGGAUUUUCUUCUAACAAUUUCUAUGAGCGUAGGAAUGAAGGUUUUGAUUAUUCUUCGGAACAAUUCACGGAAACAGUGGACGACAUCUACAUUCACAGACCGUUAAAAUGGAAUUUUAUUAAUUUUAAAAGAUCUUCUCUUGUAAAUGAAAUCAUUUAUGAAGAAGACGAGUUUGAAUACGAAAAUGCAUCAUCAGAAGAGGAUGAUUCCGUCCACACAGAUAGCGAAUUAAGAAACAGUGAACAUUCCGAUGAUGUCGUCGACUCAAUUAACGAAAUUCAACAAAUGAAUGUUGAAAGUGAUGUGUCAUCAAUAUCUUCCACGAAAGAUGACGUUGAGGAAGAAAACUUUGUUAAUAAUAUGAAUACAGCAUCACUACAAGUCAUUCAAUCCACUAAAAGUGAAAAAUUUGAGACAGUGUACGAUGAUAAACAGAAACAGAAGCAGGAGUUUCAAGACAACUGA